ACUUUCCGUUUCGCCUUUUUAUUAUAAUAAACUGAAAAAGGCCGGGAUCAAGUCUAGUUCUGCUAAAAAGUCAGGCCGAAGUUCUGCGACACGACAAGCCUGGUGUUCUUUUAAGUUAUUUUAAAAAUAAAUAGAUCUAGAUCUUCUAAUCAAAAUGUCCAAGCGUGUGGCACUGGUUACAGGCUCUAAUAAAGGUAUUGGGUUUGCUAUUGUCAGAGCUUUAUGCAAAAACUUUGAUGGAGAUGUUUUGCUUACAGCUCGAAACCCUGAACUUGGUACCAAGGCAGUUUCAGAUUUGGAGAAAGAAAAUCUGCAUCCUAAAUUCCACCAGCUGGACAUAGAUGACCAUAACAGUGUUGUAAGAAUUCGUGACUUUCUGAAAGAAAACUAUGGAGGUCUGGACAUUCUUGUAAACAAUGCUGGCAUUGCUUACAAGCAAGCAUCAACCGCUCCAUUCUCUGAACAAGCUGAUGUCACAACAAAGACAAACUUCUUCAACACAUUAAAUGCUUGUCAGGUUCUCUUCCCCUUGCUUCGUCCACAUGCUCGGGUUGUGAAUGUAUCCAGUAUGGUGUCUCAAUGGGCUUUGUCCAAGUGUUCGGAUGAGUACAAGGCAAGAUUUACUGACCCUAACAUCACUAUGGAUGAGCUGACCUCUAUCAUCAAAAAGUUUGUUGAUUUGGCUCAAGACAACAAACACCAGCAGGCAGGUUUUGCUGACACAUCUUAUGGCAUGUCAAAGGUCGGUGUCACUGUCAUGUCAAUGAUUCAACAGAGAGAACUGGACAAGAAAGGAAGUCAAGAUAUUGUUGUCAAUGCGUGCUGCCCUGGUUAUGUUGCUACUGACAUGUCUAGUCAUAAGGGGACCCUCACUAUUGAUCAAGGUGCUGAAACACCUGUCUACUGCGCACUCCUACCUCCAAACAUUGACAGCCCCAGAGGAUGUUUUAUUAAAGAGAAGAAAGUGUCUGAAUGGAAAGCAUGAAAAUCAGCUUUAUAACCUACAGAAUUAUUGUUAAUUAUUUAGAAUCUGCUGAAAUACCAAUGAUACAAUCUGGAGAUGAUUUUGUUAACUAAUUAAAAAUUACUUAAGUAAUAUUGUGAAAUAUAUAUCAUUUAAAUUUAUGCUCAUACUGUUAGCAAAUAAAUAUAAAUAAAUUCAUUUUUAUAAUUUUAUUUAUUAUUAUGCCAGCUGUAUAUCACUAAUGAUCUAGCUGUAAUAAUUUGUUUAAUUUAACU